GAACCAAAUUUGCAUAUAGCCGCCCGGUGAAGACCGGCGGUAUUUCGUGUGCUUCCCAAAUUCAAACUAAUCUCUCUCUAAAUAUUCCACGAAUCAGUGUUGCGCUUUCGCCAUCUGGUUGACGGCUACUUCAUCGUCAUUAGCAAAGGUGAGUUGGAGUUCAGUGAUGCUUUGCUAAGGAGGUGGAGGUGCACAAAACCCACGAGGGUUUAAGGAGCAACUGUUGAUGCACUACACGUAAUGGGAGCAGAUGAAUUAGAUGGGAAACUACCUAUGGAAAUUGGUGAACUGGGUUUAAGAGGUACCAAUCAUAAGGAUGUCAUGGAUGGUGAUCGUGUGCAUACAACCAACUGUAAGGCCAUGCCAAAGGAAACUAAGAACAGCCAGACAAGUGGAAGCUGUUUUAGAAAAACUUGGCAGGUAGAUGAUGAUCAGACUUCGGUGCAAAUUAUAUUUAAGUUGUUGUCAAGAAAGAGCAAAAAGAAGCUUGAAGAACUUUUACAUCAAUGGUCUGAGUGGCAUGCUCAACAAUGUUCUCCAUCUGAGGGUUUUGAUGAAGAGCUUGAGUCAGGUGUCGAAACCUACUUUCCUGCACUAAAUGUUAGCCUGGACAAAUCAUACAUAAUUUCCUUUUACAUGGACGAUCAAGUGAAGAAGCAAAAGACUGAGGAUUCCCUGUUCAAUAAAGACUCUGUACCUAUCUAUGAUCGCGAUUUUGCAUUUGCCUUAACAUCAGGUGAUGGGAUGGCUAACAAUGAGAGUGUUCUGGAUAUUCUGAAUGCUUCUCGUUGCUUUAACUGUGAAGCAUAUGAUCAUUCACUGAAGGAGUGCCCAAAGCCUUUUAACAAAGUUGUUGUCAACAACGCCCGCAAAUUGCAUCAGUUGAAAAGUAAACGGCCUGCUGGUCCUUAUGUUCUAACACGAUAUUACCAAGAUACUCCUGGUGGAAAGUUUGAUGGAUUAAGCCCAGGUUGCCUUGAUUCGGAGACAAGGAAACUCUUAGGCCUUGGGGAAUUCGACCCGCCUCCAUGGCUCAAUAGAAUGCGUGAAAUGGGAUACCCGCCUGGAUAUCUUGAUUUGGAAGAGGACCAGCCUUCAGGAAUUGUAAUAUAUGAUAAUGGAGAUUCAAAAGAAGAAAAUGAGGAAUGCCUGAACGUAAACCCUACAGAGCCGAAGAGGAAAAUGAGCGUGGAUUUUCCUGGAAUAAAUGCACCAAUUCCAGUAAAGGCAGAUCGAAGCCGCUGGGCUACUCCUAAUUUGCAACCAACAGGUUUUAACUCUUGCAGUAAUAAUAUCCCGUUAAACUACUCUUAUAAUCCAUGCCAGUUGCCAGAUUAUAGGCAAGAGUCGAGUCCUUUUAUGUCUGAAUAUGCAUGUAAUAACCGAAGUUAUGCACCCGGAUUUCCGCUUUUGUCUAAGUAUGCAAAUGAAUACUGGGAUCACAUAAAUCAACCUACCCCUCACUAUUCAUCAUAUGCAUAUCAAAACUCAUGGUCAUCAUUUCAUGGUUGAUCAAACCCUACCCUGGCUCAUUUUUGGAAUUUUGUAUCUUGUUCUGUUGCAUGGUUGGGCCUUGCUAUCUAAACAUGUACAUUAGAUGGAACUCCCCUCAAAACAUAGUAAUAUUUAUUGUUU